UACGCAUCAGAGAAGAGAGAUGGCGGAGGGGAAGGGCAACGGAAUGGACGCGGCGGCGCUUUCCCGGAAGCGGCCGCGGGCGCCCAUCCGGCGGACUACGAGCAUGAAGGAGUUCUCCGCGGAGGAUCUGGCGGCGGCGGUGGAGGGCGGAGAGGGUAUCCGUCGUCGCCACAACGAUUUCCUCAUGCGGGAGCGGCGGGUGGAGGCGGCGGCGUUGGAUGCGCCGCCGAGGAGCAUCCAUCGGCGAAGCUUCAGCGACGUCUGGGCGACGACCAAGUUCUUGAUGACCUGUGGCCUCUGCAAUCGCCGCCUCGGCCCUGGGUUCGAUACCUUCAUCUAUCGGGGUGAGAUGUCGUUUUGUAGCUUUGAGUGCAGACAACACAAGAUGAACCAAGAUGAGCUGACAGACAAAGGAAUGCUGGAGUCCAAGAAGAGUGAUGCAACCCACUCAACCACAGAUUCACAAAGCACUGGUGAUGGCCAAAGUUGACUGCUAAAUGAUGCAGCAUGUUAGUUCCUCCAAAACAUCAAUGAAGGUACAUACCCCAGCUGCCUCAAAAGGAAGUUUUCACUCUUAUUUGCCAACCAACGCAAUAUUGUAUAUAUAUAUAUCACAUUUCAUGUAGGCAUAUGUUGGUGUUUGCAUACAUUUGUAUUUAUGAAUCCAAUGGGUUCAUGUAUGUAGAAAACUUGGUCAUCUUUUUGUUGGGAAUUCCUGUUGCUUCUUUGUUUCCAAAAUGGAAAUAAAAGAGUAAAGCUAAAAUGAUUUAUUCUUUUGCUAUGAAGUAUCAAUAUCAAAGAAGUCAAUACUGUUGCGUGGUAGCAUUAGUAUGGUCGUCUUCAAUCGAGGGUGUGCAUAUCAGUUUUCUAACUGUAUGUUCUAUGAUGACCUUUCGCCAAAGCAUGGCAGUAAAAGCUGACCAAUUUGAUAGUUCUGAGUCCACAAAUGUAGAUAUGGACCCUGGCCAUUAGUUAUUAGGAAAGAUAAUAAAAGAAAUAUUAUCAUUUAUAAAUAACUAAGUGUAGUCUCGAUCAACAGAAAUAUUAUCCCUUAAGUCAUAAGACAAAGUCCAUUGCAGCAAAGAUGAAGACUUUGGUGGCAUGUCAAUUCAUUCUAUUGGUUGGUUCUUCAAGGCUAAGAACUAGUUGAUCCACAAUGGCACGAUUAUAAACAGAAAACAGUCUUGUAGAAAACAA